AGUCAUCGCCGGGCGCCAAGGGGAGACUACCGCGCGCUGCUCCCUCCGCGACAUGUGAUAACCCACCAGCAGGCCAGCACCCCUGUGAGCACCCCCGCAUCUCCCCGGUGUUUCGUGCGGUGUACUUUAACGAACUCGACGAUAAUGGUAAUAGAAGAAACGGUAGAUUAACAUACAACGUGGACGAAAUUGAUUGAUAGUGGAGUUUUGAGUGACUAAAAGAAAUAGAGAUUAGUGAGGAAAGAGAUAACGAAAGGAAGGAAAGAAAGAGGUGGCAAAGAAAGUGAGAGCGAGGGAACGAGAAACAGAAAGAGAAAGAAAUAUCAACGGAGCGUCCCAAUCUUUCUCUCCAGCGCCCCCUUUCAAGACCUUGGUAUCGAACAAGUGGAGGCAUCCAGCCAUUCAGCCAUUCUCCCAGCGUUUGAGCCUCCACUCCGGCGGGCCUGGCCUCUCCCACUCCCACUCCACUCCCUCCCCACUCCACUACCAGGUGUGUGUGCGUUUUUGAGGUUGUAUUGGACCCUCGUGUGCACCUAUGUACGUUAGUGUCUUUGCCGUGCUAGUAUAACAAGAACAACAAGAACAACAACAUCAACAACAACAGCAUCAAGAGACAGAACCGAGACAGAGAUAGAGAGCAGCCACGAGAAGGUAGAGCGCGGCGGUCAGCGGGUGGCCAGGAAGUCAUGCAGCGCGUCAGCCCCGUCAGCGCCUCCUGCUAGUAUGUCGUGUGUGCAUGCCCGCCGCCCGUCCUCCCCUCUCAAGGUGGCGUGUGAGGGCGACCUGUGCUAUGGGUGAGGGCUGGGUGUCAGAAUGGUACGGCGCGCGGGGCAUGGAGCUACACUACCCACUCCCACCCCACCAGCUCCGCCUCCCCCUCCUCCGCCCCCUCGGCCGCCACCCCCCUGCACCAUGGCUCUCGUCUCUCUGCUAGUCCUCCUGGGUCUCCUCUCCUCAGGGGCGUGUUCGCAGUACGGGGACGCAGAACACAUUACGGCCAUCCUAGGCGAGUCGGUGGUGCUCAACUGUCCCGUCUCGCAGCCCAAGAUCGCCUACAUCAUACAGUGGAAGAAGCAGCACCACAAAAUCCCCAUAUACAUUUGGUACGAAGGCUAUGACCCCCACGUGGAGGAGAACUACAAGGGUCGGGCGUCCAGGGUUAACCCGGACACCACCUACGGCCUGGCCUCGCUCAACCUAACGUCGGUGAAGGAGGAGGACCAGGGCUGGUAUGAAUGCAAGGUCUUCUACCUGGACCGAACGGGCGCCACGGACAACGGCACAUGGAUCCACCUCGAUGUUCAUGCUCCCCCUCGCUUCACCACCACCCCGGAUGAUGUCACAUACGUCAACAUCGGCGACUCCAUCAUCCUGAACUGCGAGGCGGAGGGCACACCGAAGCCUGAGAUCUUCUGGUACCGCGACGACAAGACGGUGGAGCCCUCGGAGACGGUGGGCAUCUUCAACGACGGGACGGAACUCAGGAUCAACAAGAUAAGGGACGAGGACAUCGGCGACUACGUGUGCGUCGCCAGGAACCCCGAGGGACGCGUGCACCACGACGCCAAGGUGGUGAUUGCAGGCGGCGCUGUGAUCGUCAAGCCGCCCCAGAACCAGACGCUGCUUGAAGGGGAGAAGGUGGAGUUCCCGUGUGAGGCCAAGGCUUUACCGGGCAACGUGACUGUCAACUGGAAGCGUGAGGGGGUCUCUAUCGACAAGCUCUCCUGGCUGGACUCCCGCUCCUUCAUUCGCCGCGACGGAGCGCUCGUCAUCAACCCCACCAGCUCCGAGGAUGGCGGCUUCUUCACGUGCGAGGUGUCGAAUGGCAUCGGUACCCCACAGAAGGCGACGGCUUAUCUCAACGUGGAAUACCCGGCCCGCGUCACGUUCACCCCCACCGUGCAGUACCUCCCCUUCCGGCAGCAGGGCAUCAUCAAGUGUUACAUAAAGAGCAACCCGGCCAUCCAGUUCGUCACGUGGAUCAAGGAUAAGCGGCUCUUCGACGCCGACCAUGACAGCACUGUGGUUAAACUCAACAAUGGCUCGCUCCUCAUCACGAAGGUGAACCAGUCUCACCAGGGUCGCUACAGCUGCACGCCCUACAACCGCCACACCACCGCAGGCUCCUCGGGCGACAUGGAGGUGCUGGUGAGGGAUCCCCCAAUCAUCACCCCGCGGCCCCAGCCCCAGUACCACGGACAGGUAGGGGAGGAGGUGACCCUCGUGUGUGGGGGUCAAGGCUCCCCGACCCCUGAAGUCACCUGGCGCCGGCGUGACAGCCACAAUCUUCCCCGUGACCGCACCAGCAUCAUAGGAGGCAACCUGACCAUCCGCAACCUGCACAAGAGCGACCACGCCUACUACGAGUGCGUGGUGAGCAACGACAUCGCCACGCUGGUCACCACGACGCAGCUCCUGGUCGAGGGCACAACACCGCACCCGCCCUACAACAUCUCGGCGGUGACACAGCCUUUCAGCAUCAAGCUCUCCUGGCUGCCCGGCUAUCCAGGGGGGAAGGACUGGGAGCAGCAGUACACAAUAUGGUACCGCGGCCUGGGCUCCCGCACCUGGUCCCAGAUUGAGGUGAAGCCCAAGGGGAGCACCAGCGUCACCAUCUACAACCUGGACCCCGAGCACACCUAUGAGAUCCAAGUGCAGGGCAAGAACGCGCUGGGCGACGGCAUGUUCUCCGACAUCAUCACGGCCACCACCAAAGGUGACCGUGGGGCGCCAGCAGGGACUCACUCCUCCACAGUAGAUCCGACUACGACGCCCGUUUAUGAUUAUAGCAUGGUUGUGUUUCCCACUGACGCAUCCGGCGCCACCUACGUCCCCACCAUCCUUAAUCCAUCAGGAUCGCUUCCGCUAGGCCCUCCACCACAACCUCCACGCAAGGUGACGAUUAAGAAAGCAAAGGAUGGCUCGGACGGCUACAUUAUCUCCUGGCUACCCCCAGAAAACCUCACCGUUCCAGUUGCCUACUACGACAUCGAAUACCGAAUAGACGGAACCUGGAAGAAGCUCAAUGAAGACCAUAUUACCGGUACCAAGUUUAAAGUCAAGAAGCUGCAGUCUGGGAAGAAGUACCACUUCCGUGUUUACUCCAAGACCCUGAGGAGCUACUCACACUCCCCCACGGUGUCCUUCGAUGCCCCUAUACAGAACAAGGAAAAAGCAAUAACAGCAGCCCUGGUGGGGGGGAUUCUCUUCUUUAUCGUGGCAAUCAUCCUCUCCGUGUGCACCGUCAAGAUCUGCAACAAGCGCAAACGCAGGAAGCAAGAAAAAGAAAUCGAAUCACAUAUUUUCUAUGACACAGCCUAUGAUGUUGUGGCGUGUCGCGUGUCAGAGUCAAGAAAUGGAGGCCACGGCUCCAGCCCAGUCCCCCUCAAGAAGUUACUACGGUGCGGAAUACCAGGUUUAAGGUGGGAGUGGGCGUGGGUAGCCGGUGUGCUGCUGGGGAGCCGCCUCCUUGACUCUACAGACAGCAGGCCAUUGGACACCAGCACCACCACACAGGACCUGGGCAGCCGGGGACAGGAUGUGGCGGGGAGUUCAGCCGACGAGGACUUUAGAGAGUACGGGGUGGAACGCGGCCGCAGGUUUCCCCGAGACGUUCACUACUCGGUGGAGCUGGAAUACACACAGCCCCUCAGCUGGAUCAGCCGCACUACUGAUGGACGCUUUGUUCUGGACGAGGACAGCGAGGAAGGGGGAUUCACCUCACCACGGAGACCCAUCAGAAGUGUUGGGGGGAGACAAGCAAGCAGGAUCCAGAGCAGAGUUCCUCCAGAGUGGCCAAGGGAAGAGGGUCAGGGUGUGGAGAGUGGAGUGUACCACGUGCGGGCUGGGGCCGCCAGCCGCCAGCUCCGCCGGCAGCCACUGCCACCUCGCCUCAGCCUGCGCUCUGAUGGCUCUGGAGCCAGCACUCAUGAGGAGCCACGAGUGGGAGGGGCUGGUCUGGGGGGACCACACACGGUGCCAGCUGGCAGGUAUGGUGUGUUCCACCCACACACCUCGAUGCGCUCGCCAGAGUUUGGGCGACACGUCAUACCAGAGAGCCCGAGCGACAGUGUGUGGUCGCCACGCUCCAGGCGCUUCAGGGCCUCUUCCCCGGGGCCAUUGAGCUCAGAGUGGAGUCAGCUGGCCCAGUUGGCCUCUUUCAGUGAAGUGAGCAGUGUACAGCAGCCGUCUAGUGUGGAGCGAUCCUUUCCUUCUACAGUUCUUUCAUCUUUCCCCAAUUCAGCCCAGGACACACCCACGGCUCUGGGCAUCUCAGCCACCCUGCCUCCUCCCCGCCGGGAGGAGUUGUUGCCGUCUCGUCAGUACCCAGGACGCCAGCUGCCGCCUCUGUCCACCUCUCAGCUGCGUUCUGGUCAAAUCCUUGUUGGGGCACAAGUUCAUUCCCCACCAUCACGAUUCCAACCACAGUUGCAGGCCUGGGGCUCAACCUCACGAUCCCAGCUGGACCCAGCCUGGAUCACUCCGAGGCGCCCUGCUCGUGUGUGGCCCAUGGCCCGGCCUGUUGGUCAUGCUGCUCGACCCUCCGGUCGACCAGUCGUGACAGUUUUAGAGUCCGGGCAGCAUGUGCAUGCUCCACCAAUGGUUCGAGAGGCUCUUGGCCACAUCCAGCCUCCCCGCAUCCCAGACAUCCCUCGCCACUAUGUCAAUCUUCCUCCAAGACGUGACACUGAUCAACGAAUACUGGGGCGGGCCCCCCCCUGUUUGCUCAAACCUUCCUCCUCAGAAAAUCAAAAGCCACUGGCUACUAGCUCGCCCCCCCGCCCCCGUGCCACUCAGGGUCAGCCUGGGGCCCAGAGGCUUGCCAGGACUCGACCUCUGCCUCCUCCUCCCCCGACCAGUACAAAGACUAGUAGAGCACCCGAGCCUGCUGUGCCCAGAGCACCGGGCAGGACGAGAGACAGUGACUCCAGCAGUGAUCAGCCAGUGACGUACACGCGGGAGCGCCUGCAGGAGGCCAUUGGGCGGGUGCGUAGCGGCCUCUUCGGAGAGGCACCCAGAACCAGCAGUGCCCCUGAGCUACGGCCUGCGGGAAGAAGUGAGCCAAGGCAGACGACCCGUCAUCAGCCUAGACCUGCCUAUGGUGGCAGUGCACCAGAGAGCAGGGAACAGUCCCAUGAACAGUCUCAGGAGCAGUCCCCAGACUCCUCCAGUGGGUUUGGUAGUAAAAAUACAUCUCAGCAACAGAGCUCCUCUCAGUCCGGGCAGUCAUUACUAGCACUAGGUCUUGAUACCUCACGUUUAGAAGCUUCUGAAGCAACAGAACCUGGAGAAGUCCCAGAGCCAGCUGCAGGAGCUCCCCCUGCCUGGGUUCUGGCCGGGCCUCGCGCUCGCCCAACACCUUGGAUGCGGCCUCCAAAUCCUCCACCUUACGAAGAGUGGGCUGCACGGCAGGUCUUGCCGCAGUUCCGCAUGCCAGUCCUCAGCCAGCAGCACAAGCCGUACAUCAUCCCUAGUGUGUCGGAGAGACGACAGAUGCUGGGGUCUGCUGGCCUGGAUGCCAGUGUGGAUUCCAGCAGCUCAGUGAAAGUGUCCCCCCGGCCCCGACCCCGGCCACCGCCACCCAUCACUACACCCCUGCCUCCGCAACAGCCACUUGAUGUUAGUGUGGACGAUCACUAUGAAUUUGAUACUGUGUUGAGUCCAACACCUGGGGAGGAUUCAGCAGCAGAGUGGUCAAGGACCCGUGUUCCGUCAGGUGAACGUGGCCUCAGCGACUCUGAGAUCUACGGGUCAGGUGGGCGGCGGCGCCACCAGUCCAUGGAGGCACGUGUGGCUGCCAUGAAGCAAGAAUUCAAUGAGUACAGAAAAAGACAAGCAAGGCGUAGACGAAGUCGAGAGAUGGAAAGUGUGUGUUGAUGGGAACUGAAGUGUAGAAGUACAUUAGGUUAGGACUGCAAUUAGGGGAUGUUGUGACUAUCAGCCCCAUCCGUGUGUGAGCUACAGACUCAAGAGACAAGUCUUUCAGGUGGGGAGAGAAGGGCAAGGCUUGCCAGGCGCUGCCGCCACAACCAGUAAUACUCACUGUAGUGAUGACGCAGCUCCAGCCGCGUCCUGAGAACUGUGCAAAUUGUUGAAUUUUAUAUAUUCCUAUUGGAUCUCUGUUUUAAAAAAAAGUUCUCUUAACUUUGUAUUGUAGUUAGAGAAGCCCUUUCAUGUGAUAACUACAAUGCCCAAGUGACACGUUCAAGCAAAGUAAGAAGCACAAUUUCUGUCUCCGCUGCAUCACCUUCACUCUCGAGAACACUCAGACUGUCACCUGUUGAGAGUCCUCCACCCCACAACUUGCCAAGUAUCUCGGAUGAAGACUUAUUCAGGAACAUUUGACAUGCUUCUUCUUUAAGGGUAUACUAGUCCCACAACACCAGUUUAUUUAUCUUCAUUUAUUCAAAAUUUACAUGAAUUGUUUUCAUUUGUAAGCUUACCAAUUAAAUACCCUCAUUAUGUCUUUUAAGCCAUACUAUUUUGUCAUAUGAUAAUUUCAUUCUGAGCAUUGAUAAUUUAUUUACCUCGUGAAGUAGCCACCAUACCAUGUAAAGGUAAUUUCUACCACCAUCAAUUUCUACCAUGUACUUGUAUAAAUUUCUUUAUCCACCUUGUACAAUAUGCAGCCAUAUCAUGAUAGUGUACACUGACCCAAGUGAAUCCUCCCCUUAUUUUAUGACCCAGGGGAUCUCUGCAAGGUGCAUUCAUUGUUUUGCAUGAAUUUCUAUAGGCAUCUUGUAGGAAAUCAGUCAUACAGUAUAUCAAUCGUUAUACAUAUACAUAUAUAUCACUGCCAGUAUGUUUUAGUUUUAUAUUCAAUUAAGAAUUUACCAAAAUGAGAUCUACAUAGGUUGUUUAACAUCUAUAUCUUAGGUUUUGUUUGUUUGAGCACAGCUGCAUCAAGGGUUCUGUAAGCCAUAUCUUACAAACUGAUAUUUUCAUUCAGUUCAUAACUUCAGACAUUAAACAUACCAUGUUUAUUUCACCCUACUGGCACCCUCACAGGUUGAAUUUCAUAUUUUCUUUCUCUUUUGUGGCAAAUUCAAUAAGUAUUUGUUAUAAAAUUAUGAAAACAACUAAAUGAUGUCAGUAAUAAGUCAAUUUCAAGAGUGUGGUUAAUGCUUUUAGAGAAUUGUCAUGUGUAUGAUAGUGGAAGUCUAAGAGUUAAGACUAUGUUACUGUUUAAUGCAGCAGCAGCACAAACCUAACUGACAAAUGUGAAAGCCAAUAGGCCUAAGAUGAUAUACAGAUAACUUCCACAGCACAUGCUUGAGCAUGGCAAGGAGUGCUAAGAGAGAGCAUCGAGGCAAAUAACAAUAUACCAGUGACAGCUUUGCAAAGUGGCUCAGACCCUCAGUGCAGUGUUGCAAACUGUUCCUCGCAGUGAAGCUGAAGGCAGUGGGUUGCAAGACUCACAAUUUGGAAAAUUACCUGCCCCGAAAGCUCUUAUAUUUACUCCUUAUCUUUAGUUCUCUUUGUACAAAUGUGAUAGCAGUCCAGACGACUCAUUUCAUGAUUUGCUGAAAUUUCCUGUUUUUUUUUUUUUUUUGUUUUUUUUU